ACGGUUGAGGUCUUUCUAGUGCGCAGUGUGAGUGUUGUGGUCAGCGAUAGAGUGGACAAAGCGGGCUACACGAAUUCUGAGAGGCAUAAAUGGGUUUGCGGCAGCGGGGGACCACGCUCGCUCAGAAGUGUAGAAGUCACAACGCCUACUCCUACACCCCCAACGCCGCUCUUCAGCUCUGAAUGCCCCUCGUCCAACUCUGCUAAUCUACGGGGUCAAACUACCCAGAGAUCUAAAUCGCGGGUGGAUGCAAUGUUGGAACGUGCUCUGACACAGCCACAACAGUGUUCCGUGGAUCUACUAGACAACGCCCAAAGUUGGGGUAUUCCUAUCUGGUCGACGGAUAAACUUCUGACCUGGCUGGAAAAAAUCUACGUGUCUUUUCAUGAAAAAUAUAAUUUGAAGCAUCUGAAGCAAAUCAAUCAGUAUAAGCCAGAGAAAGAUUUGAAAGUUAAGAAUCUGAAAGGAUCGUACAUCAAAUUUGAAUCCUUUCGCAGGAAUACCAGACCCGUGUUCCUGGAAUUAUCAGCGUGGCCGACGUUAAACUUCGACGGUGAUCCAGGCUCGUGUCCCUUCGACACGAAGAAGCAGGUGAAGCAGGCCGGCAGAUUAAUUGGCAGAGAAGUUAAAGAGAAUAAGAAAAAUAUUGAAUACAUAAACAAGGAGGAGCAGAGUAAAGAAAUGACUCGGAGACCCCGCGCCACUGCCGCACGUGCUCGUAGAACGGAACAGUUGGUCUCUGGUUACUGUGAGAUUUGUAGUACUCGUUAUGACGAUCUGACGAAGCAUGUGCAAACCGAGCAGCAUGUAAACUUUGCGCGGAACGACGACAAUUUUUUGUCCUUGGAUAGGCUAAUCAAUGCAGGCGCUAAUGUGGAAGCGUUCCUAAAACUGAAUGGAACGAAGGAUAUAGAGAAAGACUGUAAUUUGUUCCCCAAUGAAGAUAACAAUCUUCACAAUGUAGUACUGCCCGAAGAGAAGGUAACCAAAAACACCAAGACUUUAAGCAAUUUUAGUGUCGAUGAGAUAAAAAUGGUGCAGUGUAAUGGUGCGCGCAGAAACCUUAAUUUAAAGUUGAGCUCGCCGCACAAUCUACGUGCUCGCGCGAAACACGAGAGCGGUCACCUCCUGAGGUCCAAGGGUAGCCCAUGGCACGAGGUCGAAAAGAGCGAGAAGUUCUACGACAAGUUAGAAGGCUAUACUAUCAAGAAACGUUCUAAGGGCACUAUCUGGAUCGAAGAGGAGGAUCCGGAGGACAAGUAUGCGGAGGAUAUUAUAAAGGAGCCCAAGCAGGAGGACUACAAGAUCAAACCGUUUUCGAAGGACCUCGACGAGGUAUAUCACACUAAUAAUAAGGAAGAUAAUGUCAAUAGUAAGCACAACACUGAGCCGCCGAAUCUGCAACAAACAGUGGUGCAUACACAAAACUGUAUUAUAAACUCGCGUCGUAUAUCGGAAGAUGCGGACUAUCUCAAAAGCAAGGACCACGACAAACGUAACGGUGACGAGAACUCUGGUCCUUUCGAGUGUACGAUCAACGAGAAUGACGUGGUGGAAAAUAAUUUUAUCGUGAAUAUAUCCAUGUUGUGCAAUGACGAGUCUUUUCACAGGGACAAUUGUGCACUGCAAACGAUGGAUGCGAGAAAGUUUGCGGACGAUACCGCACUCCUCGACACGACCGAUAUCGUCUGCAACGGGCAUAGCAAGAACAGCCGCAAGCUUGACCACACGGUGGUGAAGCCGUUGCAGGGGGAAAACACUCGGUACGUGAAGUCCAAGCAUCAUCCACGAGCCGGUCGAAGAGGCGGCAGGAACAUCAGAGGUCGGCACCGGUUAUCGGUGGAGGAGCGUCUGAUCGAAGACAAUCGCGCUUAUUACAAGGUCGAAGUACUGGGGAACAAGUUGCGAUCAAGCGCGAUACCAGGUAGCAAUUCGCAGCAUGCGACGUCCAAGGACGGUGAUGACGAAGAGAAGAAGGAAGAGACACCGUCCAGCGAGAAGCCAGUGGUUGUUAGAUUCAAGCGUGUGAGGAAGUCGGAAUUGUCGCUACUCAGCGACGAGGCGGAGUCCUUUAUGUUCGGCGAGCCGAAGCGGGACGAUUCCAGUGACGUUAGUUACGGCGAUCAGAGUAGUCUGCUACCGAGGGACACCGAGAGCGACAUCAACGAGAUGAAUGUGUCACCGAGCUCACCGUUGAUCUCCAGUUCGCCGGUGAAGCCGGAGGUCAUCGAGGAAGAUUCGCAGGACUCUGUGCAUCUCGGUCGAGCGAGGAAGAGAAGACGCACGCAGGCUGAAGCGUUCAUCAGAGAUAACACCGACUACUACAAGUUCGAGACGCCGGGCAGCAGAUUGAGGUAUCAGGCUCCAUUGACCGGCAUCAAGGACGCUGUGGACGGUGGAGAACGCGCGAAAAAAUCAUCGGAGGCCAACAACAGAGCGGCUGCGCAGGCUUACUGCGACGACGUCGACAAGAUUUAUCCGUCCAAGCCGUCAGCAGAGAUCGAGAAGAUGCAGUUCUCCUUCGAGGCGAUACCGCAAUCCGAGCCGUGGUAUCAAACGUACCAACGUCAAGACACGGGCGCGGAAUAUUGGCAUUGUUUCAGCGAGAACGACUCGAUGAAGCCAUUUCUGCUGCCGUACGAGAUCGAGAACUUCUCCGAGACCAUGCUGAAGAACCUAAACAGUCGAAUCGAUGGUAAGAAGAGAGGUCGUGGACGCGGCGUGGGAUGCGUCGGUCGCUCGCCUAGGAAGAGCCCGCGUUGUCACGCGUCUACGUUGGCCAUCAUGUCCACCAUAAUACGCAAGAGGGAGCAACAGCAACAGCCACCGUCGUCGACCCUGUACACGAUAGAGGAGUCACCGAUCGCCGCUAGAUCACGCACGAACACACCUCGGCCGGAACAGAAGCAAGACGCGAAAAACCGAGCUUCGGAAGUCGACGAGGAGCUAAAGGAGAUGGCGAGGACUAUCGACGAGAUGCUGAGCGCGAAGGGUAUGACGGAGCUCGACGUCUCGUUCGAGCCGGACGAGCAGAUGCAGACCGACUUCUACGAGUCCAACGUGCCAAAGGGCGCGCCGUCGAAUCUGCUGGAGUUGCUCGAUAACUGCCACGAUGUCAUCAACUGCCUGGAGAACUCGUCGUGCGCCAGCUCGGAAUGCGGCGAGACGAAUCCGGAGUGUCCGCUGAAGCGGCGGAAACGGCGGAAAAACCGAACUGGUUGGCCCGACAAUAAGAUGAAGAGGAAACUGCAGAGCAACAGCAGCAAGGUCCUGGCGGACACCGCUUAUUGCGAGCGGAAGACGCUGUUGGACAAGAGGCUGUUCUCGGACAACGGACUGGCCAGCUCCAUCGAGCGACGCACAUUGAUCGUGUCCAACGGAUUGUCGGAAGAGACUGAUCCUCGAGCGGCGGUCACCACGUCGAAUAAUAUUUUGUUGAGCGGGGCGGAGAGGAUCGGUGCGAACCCGAAGAUCGACACGGAUGCACCGAUACUAGAGAACUGUGCUUCCACCGCGUCUCACAAACCGUGCCACGAGACGCUCACCAAGAGAGACACCAAGAGCAUAGAGAUCACCAGCGACACGGGGCUGCCAACGAGCACGGACAACAGCUACGCGGAGUUGUCGGUCUCGUCGGAAAACGACAUUGUGACGGACAACAGGAAAUGUUAUCCGUCGAUAAAGGAGUAUCCGUACAGAAAAGAGCUGUCGGGUGUCGAGGAGAUCUCCGAGAACGACCCGGGCAACGACGAGAAUCAGCUGAGCGCAUCCUACCGGAAAGACGUCGCCAACGCGUUGACGAUCGCCGAGAGGAACUUCAUCGCGAAGACGCCCAUGAAGAAACGCGGUCAGCGCGAGCACACCGUUACGUCGGAGUUGGCUUGCACGGAGCUGCGCACGGAGAUUGAGAAUCACGACAAUCUACUGACGUGCAGGAAGGACGCGGAAUCCGGUAUAGUAGUUCCUAGGAAGCACCACGGCAACGAGCUGUCACCGAAGCGGCAGCAGCAACGACGCAGUAACUCCGAGAACACCGACGGUCCAACGGACAUGCCGUUGUUGGAGGAGCGCCAUCACAGCGUCGGCGGCCUGUGCAGACGUAGACGCGUGGGAUCACGGAAGCGCAUCUACUCGAGAAAACGGCAAUCGAGGCCGUCCGCCGCCGCGAACCUGUCGUCGUCCGAUGUCGCGGCGACGAUGUAUGACGAGAAUUGUAAAAAGGAUUCCUACCUGAGUAUUACGUGUAAUAAUAAGAAGCAGCAGCAGCAGACAACGGCCGCGACCGCCGCCGCGACCGUGGUACGCGCGGGCAUGAAGCGCAAAAGCGAGGCUGUCUCGUCGGAUUCCAUCCAAGAGUCCUCCGACGUGGACUGCAGCGGUCCGCUGUCGGAGCGCGUUAGCCCGCCGGAGUUAUCACCGGUCGAGCUGGAGCAGCGCCGUUCGAGCAUCGAUUUCCAACCGGUCGUGCGAAUGAUGAAGCUCGACGACCAGGUGGACAUUGAUCACAGCAGUAUUCUGUCGGUGACGGUGGCGAGCAACAGACGGCUGAGAAGUUCCGGCACGUCGCGAUCGAACACAGCUAAACCGGCGAAGAAGCGCCUCAAGUCCGGCCGCGGUCAGUUCGGACGGUGGCUGAAGAACAGCUGAAGACCCGAAGAAUGAUCGAGUGGGGAACUGUACUUCGGCUUAGGUCGACUUGUAAUCGCGACUCGGUCUGGUGACUAUGGCAAGGCCGUCGGUUCAUACAUCGUCGCCGUUGUGGUGUACAUUGUGUAUAAAAAUAUUAUUUGUGUACGUAGAAUAGUAUUUAACAUCACUGACACACACACACACACACACACAUACACACACACAUACACCAUAGAAUUCUCUCUAUCCCUCUUCUUCUCCCCCCUCUCCCUUUCUCUGUCUAUUUAGUGAUACCGUUUUAUUUAGUACCGUUUUUCCCGGUGAUUAGUUUUAACGCUACCCGAGCGGUAUCUUCUCCACAUUCUAUACGUUCGUUAGAUGCGGUCCUUGUAUUCUCGGAAACGGAUGUUCUAGAUUUAUUUCUUUCUAUUCGACUCAUCGUUCUAUCAUCCUUCUCUAUAAUUUUCUCUCUUUUUUUACUUUAGUUUUCUCCUUUCUCAUUAGACGAAAACUGUGUACCACUCGGAGAUACAACAGAAUCGUUUCGUUCGAACCACGAUAUAUUUAAGAUUGUUUCCACGUAGAAUGUAUUGUUUUAGAGUACGCAAGACUGCAUACAGCUUUAUGACAGUGUAAUCAUUUCUGUUAUGAUGCGCAUUAUGAUGAAUCGUUUGAUUCUCUCAGCGGAACUAUCUGAAUACUUUAUUUCAAGUAAACCUACUGUAAGCCUCAUGAGUUCAGAAAGAGAAACAAUUAUUAUUAAA